UCGUUAGAAAAAACACAAGCACCACAAAAUAUGUCAGAAGGCACCAGCAAUUGAACCCAAAAAUCUCGCCACGAAGCAAAGAAGCAUAUGCGCUUCCAUCCUCACUCAAAGGCUCAAAGCCCAUGCACAAUACCUACCAUACGUGUCUCGCCUAGCCUGCCUUCCAAGCAAUCCCCAUCAACCUGCAGGCGUUUUGCAUCUCGCACGCACGCCGGGUAUCCAUUCCAUUCCGUGCAUGCCUUGCCUGCUCGGUUCGAUCACCCCGCUCGAGCAAGCAACAACGAUACCCAGGCCAGCAAGUCGCCGAUGCAACAAACCACAUCCACCCUAUAUGUAUAUACUUGUCGCUGCAUUGCAAUUGCAGCCUUGAUUGAAGCAUAACGGUCGCACACUGUUCGGCCGUCAUGGAGAACCCAGCAGGGUCGUUCGCCGCCGGCUGCCGCCUCCUCCUCGCCCUCCUGGUGAUCGCCUUCGCGCGCCCGUGCCAUUCCUCCCUCUACCACCCGCCGCCGCCCGUCAUGGUCUACCACGCCGGCGCGGUGCUCGACGGCGCCGUGCCGGUCUCCGUCCUCUACUACGGCGCCUUCUCGCCGCACCAGAAGGCCGUCGUGGCCGACUUCCUGCUCUCCCUCUCCCCGCGCGGGCGCCAGCCGCAGCACCACGGGUUCGGCGCCCCUGGCCCCGCCCCGGCGCCGUCGGUGGCGCGGUGGUGGGAGACCGUCGACCGGUACGUGCGCAGGGCAGGCCGGGACCCGCCGCGGGUGCUGCUGGCCAGCCAGGUGCACGACGAGGCGUGCUCGCUUGGCAGGACGCUCUCCAGGCUCCAGGUCGAGCGGCUGGCGGCGCGCCUCGGCGUGGCGCCCGGGGGCGUGGCCGUCGUGCUCACGGCCGCCGACGUCGCCGUCGAGGGGCAGUGCAGCAGCGCGUGCGGGGCGCACGGGGCCUCCGCGCCGGGGGGCGCCGCGCACGUCUGGGUGGGCAACGCCGCUGUGCAGUGCCCCGGCCGGUGCGCGUGGCCGUUCCACCCCGCGGAGGGCGCGGCCUACGGCGCGCGGCACGCGCCCGGGCGCCGCGGCGAGACACUGCGCGCGCCGAACGGCGACGUCGGCGUGGAUGGCAUGCUGGUCAACCUGGCGGCGAUGCUGGCCGGCGCGGUCACCAACCCGUACGGCCACGGAUUCUUCCAGGGCGACGCCGGCGCACCGGUCGAGGUGGCGGCCGCGUGCCCGGGUGUCUACGGCCGCGGUGCGUAUCCGGGGUACCCCGGCGCGGUGAGGCUGGACACGGUCACUGGGGUGGGGUACAACGUGGUGGGCAGGAACGGCAGGAAGUACCUCGUGCCGGCGCUGGUCGACCCCGACAACUACUCCUGCGUCAUCAUGUCGUAGACCCAUCAGCCGAGGCUCGUUUGAAUUGCGGCCGCUAUAUACGAGUUGGGGCCGCGCACGGUUGCUUGCUGAUGAGAGGCACCGAUUCAGCGCUGCUGUCUACUCCUAUGUUUCAAAUUAAUGAUUAUUUUAGCAUUUCUAUGUAUAUAAAUUUUGCUAUGCAUCUAGAUAUAGACUAUGUCUAGAUAUAUAGCAAAAAAUAGGUACCUAGAAAAGUUAAAACAACCUAUAAUUUAAAUCGGACUACGAUCUAAUGUUGCAUGUAAUUUAUCCCUCGGUGAGAAGCACCUACAUUUAUAGGAGUCGUAUAUAUUUACCCUGAAUAAAAUUAUGACUAAGUUUCUGAAAAGAAUGUGAACUUUAUUUCU